AUGUUAAAGGACACAAGUGGGCCGAAGAUAAAGAUAAUCUCCACUUUCGACUCUCACUACUCUGAUCCGUCGCUCAGCAAGCGCGUUGCUUCCGGCGACAUCUCGGUGGUGCGUCUCCAAGACAACGAGGUGGAGCUAAAGAUUGCUCAGGUGAAGUCGCAGGAUGCCGGCUUCUACGAGUGUCAGACACCGAGCACCGACUACGUCAUCAGUGGAAACUAUGCGGCUAAGGUCCAACUCACAGUCAUCCCCAACACCUUAAAGGUCUCCUCCAAGACCCUGCCCCCUGUUGUCUCUGAGGGAAGUGACCUAACUCUCUCCUGCAACAUCGCACGGGAACUCGUCCGCCCCACCUACCUGUCUGUCACCUGGUCAGUGAAGAAGGGGACAGCAUCAGAGAAGAUUUUGACGUUUGGUCCUCAGGGAGACGUGGUCACAGGGUCCAGUUUUGCUCAGCGUUAUGCAGACGGAGGCAUCCGAUUGGCCCCCGGCAGGAAUGGAUUGUUUGAAUUGGUGAUUUCUAGAAUGACGACGUCUGAUGAAGGGAAUUAUGAAUGCACAGGAACAGAGUGGGCGUAUGAAAGUGGAGGACGAUGGACGAAACUUGUAGAAGAUACCAAAGAGAUGGGAACCGUUGCUGUUACUCCUACAGAGCCCGUGAAGUCGUACGACUCUGUACCGUGUUAUGUCGUGAGCAGCUUCCUCGGCCUUUACAGCCUCAUCAUCACCAGUAUGUUGAUCAAAGAGAAGGGUCCGAGUUCAGCCACGACUAUGACUCCCUUGAGAUAAAACCACUUCCUGCUCAGUAACGAGCCACUUACCAUACUUUUCCCUGGAAGUUUUAAGUAAAAGUAACUGCUGAACACUUGAACUAUAAAGUAACUAAAGUACAAUAUUGUCACAUAAUAACAUUGAAAAAUAUUUUCUACCUGGGAUGUUGUAACCCGGAUUGAGCUUUUUACUCAGCUGCUUGAACCCCUCCUUUACCACCAUUGAACCACAUCAAUAAUUUCCAACCACCAUUUGCUCUGGUUGAGCAAGUAAAAAUAAGGAAAUGAGUAAUUAUUAAAAUAGUUUCAGAAGGGGUUUCUUUUUCUAUUUUUUUUUUUACGAUACCUUUUA